GCGUCCCGCGUCACUUUCAGUGUUUUCUAAAAGUGACGCGUCCAAACGCUGCACUUUUUACGCGUGCGUCGGGCGAAACGCGCGCGCAGUGGAGCCAGGCUCUUAUUGUGAAACCCUCGUGUCCCGGAAGUGCGUUACCUGUGCGCGCGGUCAGCGGCUGUGCGCGUGCGUCAGGUGAGAGGAGCUCGCGCCAUGGGGCUCGUGUACUCAGAGCCCGUGGUGGAGGCGGCGUUCUCUGCAGAUCUGCGUCAGCUUCAGGCUCUGAUCAAACUCCACCCACAAUCUGUCAACACCCAGGACUCUUAUUUUGGCGACUCGCCGCUCAUCGCUUCCUGUCGCCGCGGUGACGUCCGGACCGCCCACUUCCUGUUGGAACGAGGAGCCGACCCCGCCCUCCGCAACAAGAAGGGGCGCACCUGUCUGCACUACGUUUGCCGUCGGACCCUGUCAGUUCUGGACUUCCUGAUGAUCUGCGUCCUGAUGCCCGUCCUGCUGCUGGGAUACUUCCUCAUGUUGCAGAAACAGAGGAAUCAGGCGUCUUUGCUUCAGGAGCUUCUGGAUCGAGGAGCCGACGUCAACGCCACAGACUACAAGGGGAACACUCCGCUGCAUUAUGUGUGUCUGAGGAAAAACCAUCGACUCGUCCCAUUGCAGAAACAGAGGAAUCAGGCGUCUUUGCUUCAGGAGCUUCUGGAUCGAGGAGCCGACGUCAACGCCACAGACUACAAGGGGAACACUCCGCUGCAUUAUGUGUGUCUGAGGAAAAACCAUCGACUCGUCCCAGCGCUUCUGCAGAGACACGCCCACCUCCACCUGAGAAACCAGGACGGGGAGACUCCUCUGGACGUCGCGCUCAGACUCGGGUCCCACAAAAUCGUUCGUCUGCUGCAAAAAUCCAACUGACCCCAAACACUCCACCGCCCGCCGCCUUUAACCUGCCGCCACCUUUAACCUGCCACCACCUUUAACCUGCCGCCACCUUUAACCUGCCACCACCUGCCGCCUUUAACCUGCCCCACCUUUAACCUGCCGCCGUAUUUAACCUGCCGCCUUUAACCUGCCACCGCCUUUAACCUGCCACCACCUUUAACCUGCCGCCGCCUUUAACCUGCCACCACCUUUAACCUGCCGCCGUAUUUAACCUGCCGCCUUUAACCUGCCGCCGCCUUUAACCUGCCGCCGCCUUUAACCUGCCACCACCUUUAACCUGCCACCACCUUUAACCUGCCACCACCUUUAACCUGCCGCCGCCUUGAUCUGUCACAGUUUCUUUUCUCUCAUGUUCUAAUGUUCCUCAUCACAAACCCGAAGAGGUUCUAGAGUCAUCCAUGUUUGAGUCAUCUAGUGAUCUCUCCUGGGCUCUAUUCAAACCCUCCUCACGGUCAGCUGCAGUACGAGGCUCCGCCCACAACCCUACGUCCUCCAUGCUCCAUAAACACAUAAAAACACGACACAAAACUGAACACAACAGGACAAACCCGAUGUGUGUGCAGGAGCUUCACUAGUGCGACCGUCUGAAGGGGGAGCGACUCAGCACAGAGAGCCAAGGGAGGAGAGAACCUUUUAAAACAUGAUAAUCUGUUGUUUUGGGCGAAUAAACCAUUUUCAGAGCAAUAAAAGAAACAUGGAGAUUUAAAUAUGUGACGUGUGAUGGAGAAAACCCCCCGAGGGAAACGGUUUAAACUUUUGUUUUGCUGCUGAUUUUCUUUUUUGUAAAAUGUUUGUUUGUAAUUCUCUGUUGUUCCUGUGGAGGCGCUCUCGCUCUCGCUCUGUUGCAUUUCAGCUUUUCCCAAAGAGAAUAAAAAAUCUGAAAAUAAAA